GAUGGCAUGGGCGAGGAUGACAGGGAGUCGCUUGCCUCCGUGAGGCUCAGGGACGUUGGGGCAUUGCAUGCCGCAGCAUCCAAGGGUGAUGUGGGGAUCUGCAAGUACUUGGUGGAGGAGCUUCGAUUUGAUGUCGACUCCGAGGCUGCUAAUCCUGGCUCUGGUGCGACGCCUUUGUCUUUUGCGGUGGGGCAUGGGGAAGUGAAUGCCACAAGGUAUUUUCUUGAAAAAGGUGCUGAUCCCAACAUAAAAGAUUCCUCCAACGGCACGACUCCUCUGCAUGAAGCAGUAGCAACAGGCUGUGAUGAAAUUGCACGACUGCUGCUAUCGAAAGGAGCUAAUGUUGAUGCACCUUCUCCUCAUGGGACGCCUCUAGUUGCCGCUGCAGCUCAUGGGAAGUUCAGUGCUAUGAAGAUUUUGCUGGAGCACCAUGCAGAUCCGAACAAAGUCUCAUGGGACCUUGGUACACCCCUGACCACAGCACUCUAUGUUACUCCUGAAAGAAUGAAUGAAUCCACUUGCUUAGAGUGCAUGAAACUUCUUGUCAAGGCUGGUGCGGACGUCAAUUGUACAACUCCUGAAACUCCAUUGGCGGUAGCAACUAACAAUGGCUUAACCACAUGCGUUAAAUACUUGUUGGAGGUUGGCGCAAAUAUCAAUGUUCCAGCUAAGCAGGUUAAGAAAGGUGACAAUGAUAGCAAAGCUUCACUGAAAUCAAGCGGUGCAAAAGCUGCUGAAGGGAAGAACUAUGUCGCUGCAUCAAAAUUCUAUUCCGAGGACAAGUCAAGUGACAAAGAUAGGAAGGCUCGGCUGAAAUCACAAGGUGCAAAAGCAGUUGAGGGCAAGGACUAUGCCGCGGCAUCAAAAUUCUAUACCGAGGCAAUCAAGCUGGAUCCGGCUGACGCGGUGUUGUAUUCGAACAGGAGCCUGUGCCAUCUGAAGUGUGGUGAAGCACAUGCCGCUUUGGUUGAUGCCAAUGCUUGCAUAAGUCUGAACCCUAAGUUUCCUAAAGGUUACUACCGGAAAGGAGCCGCCCUCAUGUCUCUUCUGGAGUACAAACAGGCCUCUGCUGCGUUCUCGGCUGGAAUGAAACUGAAGCCUGAAAACGAGGAGAUGCAGGUCUGA